AGUUGGCGAACGACUGCGGACGGCGCAGGGUCUCAAUGCUUGGCGCUAUCACGCUCGCUCGUUUGAUUUUUCGGUAAACUUUAAACAAUGUUAUAAACAUAUUAUUUUUUUUUUCGCAUUAACGUGAAUAAUAAAUACAUUUUUUUUUAUUUUCUUUUGAAUUAUAUGAAAAUAUUUUUUUUAAUACAUAUGAUAAAUUACAAUCGUGUUAAUGAGUUUAUCAAUUUGUAUGAAAAUUAAUUAUUGUUAUUAUCAUCAUUUUAUUAUUAACACACAAUUGUGUUGAUCAAUUUAUAUUCAAUAAAUAUAAUAAUAAUAAUUCAAAAGUAUUUAAUUGUGACGCGUAAUAAUUAAAGUGAAAAAAUUAAUUGUUUUUUUUUUUUUUUCGUAUUUUUAAAUAAAUAGUACUCUCCCGCCUUUUUUUAAAAAACAAAAUAUUUUUUUGUUUCCGCGAUCGCGUGUGUUAUUAAUUUAAUAUCAUCAUAAUCAUCAUCAUUGUAUCCACAUGUCAAGAUAAAAAAUAAGAGUAAAAAAUUAUUUAAUUAAAUAAAAAAGUCUAGUCGUGAUAUAUACAUGAGAAUAGACAAAAUUUUUUGAAAAUUAAAAAUCUACAAUUGUUAAAGAAUUCAACAUAAGUAGCUAAAAUUUGAAAGAAAAAUCAGCACGAUAAUAAACAUCAAAGGUAACGACAAAAAUUACCAGGUAGUCGAUUUACUUAUUGUUUUUUAUUAUAAUUUAACAAGCGUAAAACAUAAGUAAGAAAAAUCGACAUACCACAAGAGAAAAAUACGAAGAUAAAACCCUCGUGGCUUGUAUACAAUUUUGUCUAUACCUGGAGAGUGACCUCCCCUCAUUCUCCCCCUCAAUUUCCCCCACUCAGAAGCAUUACACCGAAGACCCAGCAGCAACUAAGCCCCCCGUCGGCAAAAAGGAUGUAUAUCGGCUGUGCAUAGUGACAUCGUGUUUCGUUUUGUGUUUUGUGAGAUUUUACCAUAGAAAAAAAAAUUUAAAAAAUAAAAGGAAAAAAAAUUAUUGUCUCUAAUCAUCGCGGUCUUGACAAGUAAUUAUUUACUUAGUUAUUUAUUUAUUUAUUUUUUCCAAUCAGUGACAGUGCGGAACAAAAGUUUGUUAUUAUUAUUGUUAGUGAUUUUUUUUAUAAUUUUUAAUGAAUACUCAGUGAUUAUUUCAUUGAGAAUAAAAAUAAAUAAAAUAACGACUGAUAAGAAAUUCUUUUUUUUUUUUUUUGUUUUACCUGCUCUGGGUCUGAUAACUUCUUGAAUAAGCGAUAACGAGUGUUGAUUAUUUUGUCGUUAUAUAUCAAAAGAAGAAAGUUGUAAAACAAGAAAAAUAAAUAAUAAAUUAAUAUAGAAAAAAAAAAAAUUAAGUCAAGAUGAGGAAGCAUGGGAACUUGAGCAAUAAAUGUACGACAAAGUGCUGACGCAAAUAAUCAAAUAAUUUGAAUAUUAUUUGAAGAUAAUUUUGUUGCUCCAACAAAAUAAACAAAAUAAAUAAAGCAUAUUUUAAAUUUGCAUAGAAAAUUUAAGUGUGUUGGAAUAAUAGCCCCGGGUGGAGGGCGGAGAGUAACGCGGAUAUUUAACCGCGAAAAUUUAAAUAUUUUUUUUGUAAAAAAUAAACAUAAUACUCAAUUUUUGUGAGUAAUAUUUAUUUACUGAAACUUUUUUAAAAAUUGGAGUGAUUAGUUUAUUAAUAAUAUACAAUUUAUAUUAUAUAUUUUAAAUAAUUAAAUAUCAAGUGAAGACAAAGUGACAUUGUUUAAACAAUAGUGUGAAGUUUGAAUCGUCGUUUUUAUUUGUUGGAAAUAUAGCCGCUACGGUGGCUCAGCACGCAGAUUUCCCCGGCGCGGCCAGGGCGUUCAUGGCUCAGCCAAGGUAUGAUGAUGGCGGGCUGCAUGGUGGCUACCUCGAAGGUGGCGGUGGAGGAGGAGGAGGCGGUGGAGGUGCAGGAUUGUAUGAUCCACAUGGUAAUGCAAGAGGUGUACCUGGUCUACAUCAUAGUCCACAUUUAGGUGGAAUGGCACCAGCUCAUCCACAAUAUCCACCACCACCACCACAUCAACCACAGCAUGUACUUGCAGCGGCUGCAGCGGCCGCUGCAGCAGCAGUACCUGAUGUACACAAACGUGACAAAGACGCAAUUUAUGGACAUCCACUGUUUCCCUUGCUUGCAUUGAUUUUUGAAAAAUGUGAAUUGGCAACAUGUACACCAAGAGAACCAGGUGUUGCUGGUGGUGAUGUUUGUUCUUCAGAAAGUUUCAAUGAGGACAUUGCGGUUUUCUCAAAACAGAUCAGACAAGAGAAACCCUACUACAUUGCCGAUCCGGAGGUGGAUUCCUUGAUGGUACAAGCAAUUCAAGUCCUCCGGUUUCACCUCCUCGAACUUGAAAAGGUUCAUGAGUUGUGUGAUAAUUUUUGUCAUCGAUACAUCAGUUGUCUAAAAGGAAAAAUGCCAAUUGAUUUAGUUAUUGAUGAUCGAGAAAGCACAAAACCAUCAGAACUUGGUAAUGGUCUUGAUGGUGGACCAAGAAGUACAGCUGAUAGUACGAGUCAUACAGAUGGUGCCAGUACGCCGGACGUCAGGCCACCAUCUUCAUCACUUUCAUAUCCCGGUGCGGGGGCAAAUGAUGAUGCACGAAGUCCAGGAAGUGGUGGUACACCAGGGCCAUUGAGCCAACAAGCACCUACUAGUUUGGACUCAUCAGAUCCUGAUGCAAUGGGUAAAUGGUGUCCGCGUAGAGAAUGGAAUUCACCACCCGACGCACAAAGAGCGGCAAGUGAUGCAGCAAGACGUGGUGUACUUUACUCAUCUGUUUUUCUUGGUAGUCCUGGUGACGCAAGUAAUGCGAGUAUUGGUAGUGGUGAAGGUACGGGUGAAGAAGAUGAUGAUUCUUCGGGUAAAAAAAAUCAAAAGAAACGAGGUAUUUUUCCCAAGGUUGCAACAAAUAUUUUAAGGGCGUGGCUAUUUCAACACCUGACGCAUCCAUACCCAUCAGAAGAUCAGAAAAAACAGUUGGCACAGGACACAGGGCUGACGAUUCUUCAAGUAAAUAAUUGGUUUAUUAAUGCCAGACGUAGGAUUGUUCAACCAAUGAUUGACCAAAGCAAUCGAGCCGUAUUUCCACCAAUGUCCGCAGGUCCAAGUGGUAUUUAUAGCCCAGAUCCAUCAGCGGGUUACAUGAUGGAUGGACAAGCCGCAAGUAUGAUGCAUAGACCGCCAGGUGAUCCUGGUUUUCACAAUCAAUAUCAUUAUCCACCAGAGUACUAUGGACACCACUUAUAAAGUUAGAAAACUAGAUAAAUGGUGCUGUUAACAUUGGAAUUACUAAAUGAAUAAAAUAAAAAAAAAAAAUACAAACCAUGGAGACGUUAAAUAAAAUCUGGCAUCCAUUAAUUGACGUAACGCAUGUCUUGCCAUGUACUCUCGAAAAAUGAUGUUAAAUUGAGUAAAUAUUAUUAGAAGAAGAAAAGAAAAAAAAAGAACUUACUUGAUUAAAAAACAACAAAUAUUGGAAGACAAAAUUGUAUAGUUGGCCAUGAGGUCGCUUUAAGUGAAAAAUGCGUUCAUAGUCAGACAUGGUUUAGCUUCAUAUACACAUGCCCAUGCAUUGCUAUAAAAAACAGACAGCUAAAAAAAUAUAAAAAUGAUAAAACAUUUAAAAUGAAACAAAAAAUAAUAAUAAUCCAAUAAACAACGCGGCCAAAAUAUUCCAGAUAAGUGAAACAACUAAAAUGGGAUCGCGUUCAUUAUAGAAAAAAAAAAAAAAAAAAAAACUAAAUAAAUAAAAUAAUAAUAAUAAAAAAAUUUUAAAAAAUUAAUGUGAUUGUUCUUUGUACAAAUAUGGUGGUGUAAUAUUGUAGUGAUUGAGAUAUAAAUGUUAAAUUUUAAUACGAUCACAAUCAAGAGACUAUACAUUUGAAUUAUAGUGAUAGUAAAUAAAAAAUAAAUAAAUAAAUAAAAAAACAAAAAAAAAAAUAGCGGGCAUGUACAUUACCUAGUGUUCACAUGGGAUAUGACUGCGCUCAUGAGGACUGCUUACUAGAUGGGUCUGGCUUGGAAACUGUAUUGACAAUUUCGUUAAAACGAAAAAAAAUUAAAAUAUGUAAAAAAAAAAAAAUUUAUAUAAAUAAUAAUAAGUGCUAAAAAAUUAAAAAAUUAAUUGACGUUUACCGUUCAAUUAUUAAUUCUUAUCGUAAACGCGUGCUAGACCCGAAUGUCAACAUCCUUGACUUAGGAGACUUUAAAUUUGUACAGUUCUUAAUUAUAUCAAUAUAUUUAACAUUUAAUUAUAUUAUAAAUAUAUAUAUCGGAAAAGAAAAUUGUCAAAAAAAUACGAACUCAAAGAAUGAAGCUAAGAGUUUGCAGUUUUAAAAUGUCUGACAGAUUGUUUUGUCAUUUUUUAUGACUAUUUAAGUUAGGAGCGAGAAAUUACAUCUACUUGGCUUAGGAAUAAUUAAAAAUUAACAAUUAUAAUUUACUAUAAUAUAUUGUGUAUAAAUAGUUAAUUCAAUUGAGUGCGAAAUAGGAAUGUUGAAAUUGAUGGGAAAAAUAAAUAUAAAUGAUAAUUAUAAAAUAAAAAUGUGUGAGUGUGUGUGUGAGCUAGGUGACUGAAAAUAAAACAUGAUGAUUUUUUGAAUGAUUCUGUCAUUUGGACAAAUAUGAAUAUCCGAACACGAUACAAAUUAAAAGGAGAAUGUAAAUGAAGGUUUUUUUUGUUUUUUUCACAAGUUCUUUUUUUUUUUUUUUUUUUAAAUAUAUUAAUAACAUGUAGGUAUUAAAGCUAAAAAUACCAAUUUUUUUUUUUUUUUAUUUAUUCAUUUUCAGUUGAAUUUUGUAAAACACUUUUUUAUUAUUUUAACUAUGGAAAUUUUUCGGUUUAAACAACUUGAUAAAAAUAAAAUUUUCAGCUCACUGUUUUACGUUUCAAUUUUUAAUAAUACUUUGAAUUGUGAAUGGUGGUAAUUGCAAAUUUUCAAUCAUCAAAAAUACGUAAAAUAAUGAUAAAAAAAAAACCUAAUGAUAAUGUCAAAUAAAUAUAUUCAAAUCAUUUUUUAAAUAUUUAUUGAUGUUUAAAAUAAACAUAAAUACGAAUGUAUACUUCUUUGCCUCACAGUGAAAAUAAAAAUAAUAUAAAAAAAAAAUAAUACUAUUGAUAUUUUCAAUACGUCCAGUGUAAUGUGAAAAUAUAUAUAUAUACAUAUAUAUGUAAAAUAGAAAAAAAAAAAAAAACAUUUUAGGUGCAACAGUUCUUAAAAAAAAAAAUUUGAUUCAAUAAUACAACUGAAAGAAAAACUCGCUUCAGGAAAAGCACAGAUUAAAAUUUAAAUUUUUGAACCAUUAUUAUUGCAAGUUAUGUGCAUCACUUCACAUAUUAAAAAAAAAAUUAAAAACAUAAAAAAAUUUCGUAUUGAUUAAAACUGAAUGAAAAUCUAGAUUUUUUUGUCCAAAAAAAUCAUUUUUGUUACGUCACGUUAAAAAUUUUCGAGUAUUACAUAGAGUAUCGAUUAUUUUUUUUAUAAAAAUGUAUUUGUUGACCUGUAGAUUAUUUAAUUUUGUUAAAGAAUCGGUUCUCUAAAUUUUAUACUUGAAAAAAAAUCUUGAUAACGUGGCAUGUUGACGGUUUUUUUUUUAUUUUUGCGGAUUGAUUUCGUAAAAUUUGUGUCAUCAUGAAACCUUGAACUGUGGGGUCAAUAUUUUUGUUUUUUUAUAGCUGUCAAUUGUUGGAUACACAAAUUGGAAAAAAAGUUCAAUGUGAUCCUCAUGCCAUUAUUAUAUAUAAUAAUAAUUUAUAACGCAUUUUUUAUUUCUGCGUUGAUUGUUACGAUAUUAUAAUAUUUUUUUUUUUUAUUUUUCGAAUCUCGUUGGUGUAUUAGUCUUUAAAAAUGCAUCAACGGUUUAGUGCAAUUGUCAUCAAACUGGCAUGAGUGAACACUGGCAGCUAAAUAGUAAAAGAAAAUUAAAAAAAAAAAACAUUAAUUUCAAAC